AUGACUAGCUAUCUCGCUGGUGGGAUGGGAACAGCAAAGGUUCUCAACCCGGAAUUCCUAGCAGGUCCAGAUCUGGUGAUCCCAGUGAAGACGGAAGACAACAAGGAGCUGAUCCUCUUUGCACAGUUCAGGCUCGUGAACUUUCUUGACAAGAAGAAGUUCAAGCAGGGCGUGUCGAUGACGAAUCCCGAGUUCAUAUUCAGGUCUCGCAAGGCAGCGAAACUAAGGGCAGAGUUCAAGGAGGAGGUUGGUAACCGCUGGUGGAAGAAUGGCAUUAUCAGGUUGAUGGUAGUGUAUCCAGCAGUCUUCAAGAAGGAGCGUAUGCCUCCUGCUGUUGAGGUGAUUCCUGCUGCAGGCAGUGUUGGUCCCCAGCUCAAGAUCAUCAUUCAUGCUGGCAACGCAAAACAAUUGUUUUCUCAGGAUUUGGUAAACUUUCUAGACGUGUACAAGGGAUUCAAAGUUGGAGAGCCCGAGUCCUUGGCAUGUGCAGUUGAUACAGCGCUGGCAUUGGACUUGCAUCGCUCGUUCAAGGACAGGCCUAGGAGGAAAAGAGAUUUCGAUGUAGCCUUUACUGAACCGGAAGACUACUGGGGUGAUGAGGAAGGAUUGGAGUUGGAUGUUUAA